AUGCGUGUGACCCGCUGGACACUAUUUGCUGCGGCUUUAGCUGUGUCUAUGUAUACGACAGCAUCGUCUUCAGCAGUGAAAGAUACGACAUGUGUGGAUCCAUCGAUUGUCACUUCUAUGGAGUCAAAGAUUAGCGAUCUAGAGCAAUCGAACAAAGCGUUCCAGCUUCAAAUUGAUUCACAGAACGCCGAGAAAUCGAAGUUACUGAUGGAUACGGUGAAGGAGCAUGAAAUAGCUGUACUUCAGCUUGAAAAGGAGAUUGAAGUGCUUAAGAAUGACGUGGAAAAGCUUCAAAAUGACUUGUCCAAUGAGAAAAAGACCGUUGAGAAGUUAGAGACGGAAUUGAAGACUGCUUUGGCUCAGAUACAGGAAGAGAGUGUACUUAUUUCUUCGUAUACGAGUGAAAUUGCUAAACUGGAAGAGAGUUUUGCCAAGGAACGAGUUACUGUAGCGAACAUGGAGUCGGAAUUGAAAGCUGCAUUGACCAAGUUGUCAGAGGAAACGAAACGGGCAAACAAGCUGGAAAAAAGUCAAGAGAUUGUGGAAAAGAAGAAUAAAGCACUUAUACAGAAACUGGGAAAGACCAAGUCGGAGGACCUGAGUGUGGCUGCGUUACUGUCGUCAUACUAUGACAGUGCGUUGGAGUUAGCGGAAAAGUCCGUUGUCUUUGCUCAAGAGAAGUUUAACGAACAAUCUGGUACGCUAGAGCACGUACAGAGCAAGAUUGAGGACACAAAAAAGACGGCACGUGAUAGUACAAGCAAGUUCUACCAGGAGAACUUGGCGGCUACUUUGGAUCCGAUCCUAGCGGACGUACGCAAGACGGUGGACCCAAUUUUGGCAGAUGUGCACAUGGCCGUGAACCCGCAUGUGGAGCAGUACUUGCCAAUUGUGCAAGACAAAGCUGCAAAGGCAAAGGAGCAGGUGUUGUUGUACUUGCAUGAUGCACUGCGUCGUGCCAAGCUGGCGCGCAGUGACGCAAUUGCCCUCCUGGAACAGAAUGAGCACGUAGGUGCUCAUGCGCAGAAGGUGAUUGAUGGCGCACUGAUAAUUUUGGCAGUGCCACUGGUUCUGUUUCAAAUUCGCUUAGCGUUGCGCUUGGUGUGGUGGCUGUUCACAACGACUCUGUAUGUGCUGACUUGUGGGUUGUGCUGUGGCACGCGUAAGCCCAACUCGAAAGCAAAGCGAAAAAUUGCGAAGAAGACGGCUAGUGUUCAUGCGAGUCUGAAUGCACCUGUGAACGGCGCUACGAAAAAGGCGGCUAAUAGCAAGGCGACUAUGACUGUCCAGAAGCGUACGAAAAAGGGCAAAAACUAA